AAGUAAUAGGGCCGAGGUGUUAAAACGUAGACCGGCCUCGUGAAUUAGAUCCAUUACUCCGUGGACCGUUACGGUGGUCACAACUGUCGCGAAGAUGAAGCUCCUUCAUAGACACCUGGUGUUAGGACUGACAAUCAUCUUACUGGCAGUAAUUACAGAUUACGCCGAUGGCUUAGGAUCGACAGAUUCCAGCUCAGGAACGAGUGAUUCCGAGUCUAACUCGGUAACAUCAGAUUCUAGUUCUGGAGCCUCAGAAGCAACAUAUUCUGGUUCUGGAGCCUCAGGAACAUCAGAUUCUAGCUCAGGAUCGACAGAUUCCAGCUCAGGAACGAGUGAUUCCGAGUCUAGCGUUUCAGCAGAUACCAGUGAUUCCACGACAACGGAACCAGCCGAAGUGACCACUGAAAAGGAAUUAGAUAAGAAGCAAAUAUUGGAAUAUAUCACAGCGAAACUCAAUGAGACCACAGCCCUGCUCAAAAAACUCAGAGAAAUCUUCUUCCCUGCAACUACAACCUCAGGGGAUCCCACAGCUGGGGUUACAACCACAGAAUACGUGACAACAGUACCUGGAGCUCCAACCACAGAUGGAGCAACAACCAAAGAAGAUGCGACAACAGUAUCUGGAGCUCCAACCAAAGAUGACGCAACAACCAAAGAAGAUGCGACAACAGUAUCUGGAGCUCCAACCACAGAUGACGCAACAACAGGAUCCUCUUCACCUACAGAAAAGCCAGCCGCAGCUGCUAAGGAUCUACAAGCUGAGGGAAUCGCUGACAUUUGCAAAACUACAGAUAAUGCGGCUUGCAAUGAACUGCAGAUUGCAAUGGACAGCGUUGAGGCUUUCACAGGGUCUUUUGAUCCUACGGGAGAAGUCAGUGAGAGUGACCUGAAGAACAUCACUGAGACUUCGAGCGGGUUAGACAAUGCCGUGGAAAAGGUGAAAGACGAUCCUAGUGGUGUUAACCCGGAUGCCCUCAAUACCAAAAUCACCAAUGUGGAAGAGUCUAUCGUUGAAGCCAAAACGAAAAUCCAAAAGGCGAUUGAAGAACUGGAAGCUGGUUCUGGAACGGACAACACAGUGGCCAUCGUCCUCGGAACUCUGGGAGGAGUGUUGGCCGUGGGCAUCAUAAUCGCCGUAGUCAUUAAAUACAAGAAGAAGAAGAAGAAGGCUUCUAAGAACAAGACAAACGAAACUCCUUAAAGGUAUCUCGGUGGACGAGACGAAGAAGAAGAAGGUGAUGGACGCAUAAUACAUCAACGCUCAAACACUACGAAGAAAAUGGUUAUUGUAAUUAAUAUUAUUCCCUUAAUAACGUCUGUGACGAGAUAUUUUGCAUUCAAGAAUGUUGGAAGCCUCUUUUAUCAUGUAUUAAGAGAUGUAUUGUGUAUUUACUACAGCGUAAAGUCUUCAUUUACAUGUAUGCAAUUUUGUACUUGCAUAGUUUACAGUGCUGAGGUUACGAAAAAAAAAAAAGGCAUUUUAUAGUUUUUCGAAGUCAAGUAAACGUUUAGAUUUAUCUGUUCAGUGUUUUCAGGUUUAUACACACACACACACACACACACACACACACACACACACACACACACAUAU